AUGCACGCGGUCCCUCACUGCGACCCCCACUGCGGCUUCCUUGCUUUUCAGUGCAGUUACCCAUCGUCAGGAACGCUUCCCAUAAAAGCCGGCCAGCAGAAUACCCACACCAAAGUCAGCACAGAACACAACAAGGAAUGUCUCAUAAACAUUUCCAAGUACAAGUUUUCCCUGGUCAUAAGUGGUCUCACCAAUAUCUUAAAAAAUGUUAAUAACAUGAGAAUAUUUGGUGAAACUGCUGAAAAAAAUUUAUAUCUAUCUCAGCUGAUUAUCUUGGAUACACUGGAAAAAUGUCUGGCAGGGCAACCGAAAGAUACCAUGCGACUAGAUGAGACUAUGCUGGUGAAGCAGUUGUUGCCAGAAAUCUGCCACUUCAUCCACACUUACCGUGAAGGGAACCAGCACGCGGCUGAACUGCGCAAUUCGGCCUCGGGGGUUCUUUUUUCUCUUAGCUGCAAUAACUUUAAUGCUGUGUUCAGCCGCAUUUCCACCAGGUUGCAGGAGCUGACUGUAUGUUCAGAAGAUAAUGCUGAUGUUCAUGAUAUUGAACUUUUACAGUACAUCAGUGUGGAUUGUGCAAAACUCAAACGACUCUUGCAAGAGACAGUAUUCAAGUUUAAAGCCCUAAAAAAAGUAGCUCAAUUAGCUGUUAUCAACAGUCUUGAAAAGGCAUUUUGGAACUGGGUGGAAAACUAUCCCGAUGAAUUCACAAAGCUGUAUCAAACACCACAGACUGAUAUGGCUGAUUGUGCAGAGAAGUUGUUUGACUUAGUGGAUGGCUUUGCUGAAAGCACAAAGCGUAAAGCAGCAGUCUGGCCCCUGCAAAUCAUACUGCUAGUCCUGUGUCCUGAGAUAAUCCAAGAUAUAGCAAAGGAUGUGGUAGAAGAAACUAAAAUGAACAAGAAACUGUUCCUGGACAAUCUCAGGAAAGCCCUUGCAGGCCACAGUGGAAGCAGACAGCUGACUGAAAGUGCUGCUAUUGCUUGUGUGAAAUUGUGCAAAGCAUCUACCUACAUCAACUGGGAAGAUAAUUCUGUCAUUUUCCUGCUGGUGCAGUCCAUGGUAGUAGAUCUUAAGAACUUGCUGUUUAAUCCAAGCAAACCAUUCUCAAGAGGCAAUCAGAAUGCAGAUGUAGACCUUAUGAUUGACUGCUUAGUUUCCUGCUUCCGCAUAAACCCUCGCAACAACCAACACUUUAAGAUCUGCUUGGCCCAGAAUUCCCCUUCGACAUUUCAUUAUGUCCUGGUAAAUUCACUCCACCGAAUAAUCACAAAUUCUGCGCUGGACUGGUGGCCCAAGAUUGAUGCUGUGUACUGUCAUUCCAUGGAGCUUCGCAGCAUGUUCAGUGAGACACUUCAGAAAGCUAUUCAAGGUUGUGGGGCACACCCAGCAAUUCGCAUGACACCGAGUCUUACAUUUAAAGAGAAAAUGACAAGCCUUAAAUUUAAAGAAAAACCUACAGAUUUGGAAACCAGAAGCUACAAAUUCUUGCUGUUAUCCUUGGUAAAACUCAUCCAUGCUGACCCAAAGCUUUUGCUAUGUAAUCCAAGGAAGCAAGGGCCUGAGACACAAGGUAGCACUGCAGAAUUAAUUACAGGCCUUGUGCAGCUUGUUCCACAGUCCAGCAUGCCAGAUAUAGCACAAGAAGCCAUGGAGGCCUUGCUAGUUCUUCACCAACUAGACAGCAUUGACUUGUGGAAUCCUGAUGCUCCUAUAGAAACAUUCUGGGAAAUUAGUUCACAAAUGCUUUUUUAUAUCUGCAAGAAACUAACUAGUCAUCAGAUGCUCAGCAGCACAGAAAUCCUCAAGUGGCUGAGAGAAAUUCUCAUUUGUAGGAAUAAGUUUCUUCUAAAGAACAAACAAUCAGAUAGGAGUUCCUGUCACUUUCUCUUUCUUUAUGAUGUCUCUGGAAGUGGAACUAGUCAAAUUUCCCUUGACCAUGAAGAGAUGAUACGUUGUACUCCAGGAGCUACCCUCAGGAAAGGGAAAGGGAAUUCUUCCAUAGAAAGUACAGCAGGAUGCAGUGGGACACCGAUUUGUCGCCAAGCCCAAACAAAAUUGGAAGUCGCGCUGUACAUGUUUUUGUGGAGCCCUGAUAUUGAGGCAGUCCUUGUUGCAAUGUCCUGUUUCCGGCAUCUCUGUGAGGAAGCAGAUAUCAGAUGUGGGGUAGAUGAAGUCUCGGUUCAUAAUUUUUUGCCAAACUACAACACUUUCAUGGAAUUUGCAUCUGUUAGCAAUAUGAUGUCAACAGGGAGAGCAGCUCUUCAGAAGAGAGUGAUGGCUUUAUUAAGACGCAUUGAACAUCCAACCGCAGGCAACACAGAGGCCUGGGAGGAUACACAUGCAAAAUGGGAACAAGCUACAAAACUAAUCCUCAAUUAUCCAAAAACCAAAAUGGAAGAUGGACAGGUUACCGAAAGUCUUCAUAAGACAAUUGUUAAGAGGCGAAUGUCUCACGUUAGUGGGGGAGGCUCCAUAGACUUGUCUGACACGGAUUCUCUUCAGGAAUGGAUCAACAUGACAGGGUUCUUAUGUGCUCUCGGAGGAGUGUGCCUGCAGCAUCGCAGCAACGCGGGACUGGCAACCUACAGCCCUCCUAUGGGCCCGGUCAACGAGCGUAAGGGCUCCAUGAUAUCUAUGGUAUCCACUGAGGGAAAUGCAGAGACUCCCGUGAGCAAAUUCAUAGAUCGAUUGCUGACUCUGAUGGUCUGUAACCAUGAGAAAGUGGGACUGCAAAUACGGACUAAUAUUAAAGAUCUGGUGGGUUUGGAAUUGAGUCCAGCACUUUAUCCAAUGCUGUUUAACAAAUUGAAGAACACCAUCAGCAAGUUUUUUGAUUCUCAAGGGCAGGUUUUGUUAACUGAGACAAAUACACAAUUUGUAGAGCAAACCAUUGCUAUAAUGAAGAAUUUGCUUGAUAAUCACACAGAAGGGAGUUCAGAGCACCUUGGACAAGCUAGUAUUGAGACAAUGAUGCUGAAUCUGGUUAGGUAUGUUCGUGUGCUUGGAAAUUUGGUACAUGCAAUUCAAAUAAAAACUAAGCUCUGUCAGUUAGUAGAAGUAAUGAUGGAGAGGAGAGAUGACCUGUCAUUUUGCCAAGAAAUGAAAUUUAGGAACAAAAUGGUGGAAUAUUUGACAGACUGGGUUAUGGGAACAUCUAAUCAAGCAACAGAUGAAGAUGUGAAAUGUCUGACAAGAGAUUUGGACCAAGCGAGUAUGGAAGCUGUGGUUUCUCUUCUUGCUGGUCUUCCACUGCAGCCUGAAGAAGGAGAUGGAGUUGAGUUGAUGGAAGCUAAAUCCCAGUUAUUUCUUAAAUAUUUCACUCUGUUUAUGAACCUUCUAAAUGACUGUAGUGAGGUUGAAGAUGAAAGUGCACAAACAGGUGGCCGGAAACGUGGGAUGUCUCGCAGACUGGCGUCGCUGCGUCACUGCACUGUUCUGGCUAUGUCCAACCUGCUCAAUGCAAACGUGGACAGUGGCCUUAUGCAUUCAAUAGGCUUAGGCUAUCAUAAAGACCUCCAAACAAGAGCUACAUUCAUGGAAGUCCUCACCAAGAUUCUGCAGCAGGGAACAGAAUUUGAUACUUUAGCAGAAACUGUGCUAGCAGAUCGGUUUGAGAGGCUGGUGGAGUUGGUUACCAUGAUGGGUGAUCAGGGAGAGCUUCCCAUUGCUAUGGCUUUAGCCAAUGUGGUGCCUUGUUCUCAGUGGGACGAGCUAGCUCGAGUCCUGGUCACACUCUUUGAUUCUCGACACUUACUCUACCAGCUACUUUGGAACAUGUUUUCAAAGGAGGUUGAGCUAGCAGAUUCCAUGCAGACGCUCUUCCGAGGAAAUAGCUUAGCCAGUAAAAUAAUGACUUUCUGUUUUAAGGUAUAUGGUGCUACAUAUUUGCAGAAGCUUUUGGAGCCCUUAUUGAGGACUGUGAUCACCUCCACAGAAUGGCAGCAUGUUAGCUUUGAGGUGGAUCCUACAAGGCUGGAGCCCACAGAAAGCCUUGAAGAGAAUCAGCGGAGCCUCUUGCAAAUGACAGAAAAGUUUUUUCAUGCAAUCAUUAAUUCCUCCUCAGAGUUCCCGCCUCAGCUUCGCAGUGUGUGCCACUGCUUGUACCAGGCAACUUGCCACUCUCUACUGAAUAAAGCUACCGUAAAAGAAAAAAAGGAAAACAAAAAAUCAGUGGUUAGCCAGCGGUUCCCUCAGAACAGCAUCGGGGCGGUGGGGAGCGCCAUGUUCCUGCGGUUCAUCAACCCCGCCAUCGUGUCGCCCUACGAGGCGGGCAUUCUGGACAAGAAGCCUCCCCCCAGGAUCGAGAGGGGGUUGAAGCUCAUGUCAAAGAUCCUUCAGAGUAUUGCCAACCACGUCCUGUUUACAAAAGAAGAGCAUAUGCGGCCUUUUAACGAUUUUGUCAAAAGCAAUUUUGAUGCAGCCCGAAGGUUUUUCCUUGAUAUUGCAUCCGACUGCCCAGCCAGCGACACUGUCAACCACAGCCUGUCGUUCAUCAGUGACGGCAACGUGCUCGCUUUGCACCGGUUGUUGUGGAACAAUCAGGAGAAGAUUGGCCAGUACCUUUCCAGCAACAGGGACCACAAGGCUGUUGGCAGGCGACCUUUUGACAAAAUGGCCACUCUUCUUGCCUAUCUGGGGCCUCCGGAGCACAAGCCUGUGGCAGAUACUCAUUGGUCCAGUUUAAAUCUCACUAGCUCCAAAUUUGAAGAAUUUAUGACAAGGCAUCAGGUACAUGAAAAAGAGGAGUUCAAAGCACUGAAAACAUUAAAUAUUUUCUACCAAGCUGGGACAUCCAAAGCUGGCAAUCCUGUUUUCUACUACAUUGCUCGACGGUUCAAGACUGGCCAGAUCAAUGGGGAUUUAUUGAUAUACCAUGUCCUGCUAACUCUGAAGCCAUACUAUGCAAAGCCAUACGAGAUUGUAGUGGACCUCACACACGCUGGCCCCAGUAAUCGUUUUAAAACAGACUUCCUUUCUAAGUGGUUUGUAGUGUUUCCAGGCUUUGCUUAUGAAAAUGUCUCAGCAGUUUUUAUUUAUAACUGUAAUUCUUGGGUCAGAGAAUACACCAAAUACCAUGAAAGACUCCUGACAGGCUUAAAAGGAAGCAAAAGACUUAUUUUUAUAGACUCUCCAGGAAAGCUGGCAGAGCACAUUGAGCACGACCAGCAAAAACUCCCGGCAGCUACCUUAGCUUUGGAGGAGGACUUGAAAGUGUUUCACAACGCUCUCAAACUGGCUCAUAAAGACACCAAAGUUUCUAUUAAGGUUGGCUCCACAGCUGUGCAAGUGACAUCAGCCGAGCGAACAAGAGUCCUGGGACAAACAGUGUUUUUAAACGAUAUUUACUAUGCCUCGGAAAUUGAGGAAAUAUGUCUUGUUGAUGAGAACCAGUUUACCUUGACCAUUGCCAACCAAGGCACACCGCUCACCUUCAUGCAUCAGGAGUGCGAAGCCAUCGUUCGGUCCAUCAUCCACAUACGGACACGGUGGGAGCUGUCCCAGCCGGACUCCAUCCCGCAGCACACCAAAAUUCGCCCGAAGGAUGUUCCUGGGACGCUGCUGAACAUAGCGCUGCUCAACCUGGGAAGCUCAGACCCCAGUUUGCGGUCUGCUGCCUAUAAUCUUCUAUGUGCCUUAACCUGUACCUUUAAUUUAAAGAUCGAGGGCCAGUUACUGGAAACUUCAGGUCUGUGUAUUCCUGCCAACAACACACUCUUUAUUGUGUCUAUUAGUAAAACUCUUGCAGCUAACGAACCACACCUUACCCUGGAGUUCUUGGAAGAGUGCAUUUCUGGAUUUAGCAAAUCUAGUAUUGAACUGAAGCAUCUUUGUCUGGAAUACAUGACUCCCUGGUUAUCAAAUCUGGUGCGAUUCUGCAAACACAAUGACGAUGCCAAGCGCCAGCGGGUCACCGCCAUUCUUGAUAAGCUCAUCACAAUGACGAUAAAUGAAAAGCAGAUGUAUCCUUCCAUUCAAGCUAAGAUAUGGGGGAGUCUUGGACAGAUAACAGAUCUGCUUGAUGUAGUGCUGGACAGUUUCAUCAAAACUAGUGCCACAGGAGGGUUGGGAUCCAUAAAAGCUGAGGUUAUGGCAGACACAGCUGUAGCUCUUGCAUCUGGAAAUGUGAAAUUGGUUUCAAGCAAAGUAAUUGGAAGGAUGUGUAAAAUAAUUGACAAGACCUGUCUGUCUCCAACUCCUACAUUAGAACAGCACCUGAUGUGGGAUGAUAUUGCUAUUCUAGCCCGUUACAUGCUGAUGCUCUCCUUCAACAACUCUCUGGAUGUGGCGGCACAUCUGCCCUACCUCUUCCAUGUAGUCACUUUAUUGGUGGCUACUGGUCCCCUUUCUCUCAGAGCUUCCACUCACGGUCUGGUCAUCAACAUCAUUCAUUCUCUGUGCACUUGUUCACAGCUUCACUUCAGUGAGGAGACCAAGCAGGUGCUAAGGCUGAGCCUGACCGAGUUCUCUCUGCCCAAGUUCUACUUGCUGUUUGGAAUCAGCAAAGUGAAGUCGGCAGCAGUCAUCGCCUUCCGCUCCAGCUACCGGGACAGGUCCUUCUCCCCCGGCUCCUACGAGAGGGAGACCUUCGCACUCACUUCCCUGGAAACUGUCACCGAGGCGUUGCUGGAGAUCAUGGAGGCUUGUAUGAGAGAUAUUCCAACAUGCAAGUGGCUGGACCAGUGGACUGAGCUAGCUCAAAAGUUUGCAUUCCAAUAUAAUCCAUCUCUGCAGCCAAGAGCACUUGUUGUCUUUGGCUGUAUAAGCAAACGUGUCUCUCAUGGACAAAUAAAACAAAUAAUCCGAAUUCUUAGCAAGGGACUUGAGAGCUGUUUAAAAGGUCCUGAUAAUUACAACAGUCAAGUUCUAAUAGAAGCUACAGUCAUAGCACUCACCAAACUGCAACCUCUUCUUAAUAAAGACUCUCCUAUGCACAAGGCCCUCUUUUGGGUAGCUAUGGCAGUGCUGCAGCUCGAUGAAGUUAACCUGUAUUCCGCAGGCACAGCGCUGCUUGAGCAGAAUCUGCAUACCUUGGACAGCCUUCGGGUGUUCAAUGACAAGAGCCCGGAAGAGGCGUUUAUGGAGAUCAGGAGACCCCUGGAAUGGCACUGUAAACAGAUGGAUCAUUUUGUUGGGCUAAAUUUCAACUCCAACUUUAAUUUUGCGCUAGUGGGACAUCUCCUGAAAGGGUACAGGCAUCCAUCCCCUACCACUGUAGCAAGAACUGUAAGGAUUUUGCACACACUACUAGCCUUGGUCAACAAGCAUAGGAAUUGUGACAAGUUUGAGGUGAACACCCAAACUGUGGCUUACCUAGCAGCUUUGCUGACAGUAUCUGAGGAAGUUCGAAGUCGCUGCAGCUUAAAGCAUCGGAAGUCUCUCUUGUUGACAGAUGUUUCAAUGGAAAAUGUACCUAUGGAUACAUAUCCCAUACAUCACAGUGACACUAGCUAUCGGACACUAAAGGAAAAUCAACCGUGGUCAUCACCAAAGGGGUCGGAAAGACACCUAGCUGCAAGUUACCCAACAGUGGGACAGAUAAGCCCUCGAACCCGAAAGUCCAUGAGCUUGGAUAUGGGGCAGCCUUCACAAGCCAACACUAAAAAACUUCUAGGUACAAGGAAAAGUUUUGACCAUUUGAUAUCGGACACAAAGGCUCCUAAAAGGCAAGACAUGGAAUCUGGAAUCACAACGCCCCCCAAAAUGAGGAGAGUAGCCGAAAAUGAUUAUGAAAUGGAAACCCAGAGAAUAUCACCACAGCAACACCCACAUCUUCGAAAAGUCUCUGUUUCUGAGUCAAAUGUCCUCCUAGAUGAAGAAGUUCUGACUGAUCCCAAAAUUCAAGCACUCCUGCUUACAGUUCUUGCAACGUUAGUGAAGUACACUACUGAUGAAUUUGACCAGCGGAUUCUUUAUGAGUAUUUAGCAGAAGCAAGUGUUGUCUUCCCAAAGGUCUUUCCUGUUGUGCAUAAUUUAUUGGAUUCCAAGAUCAAUACCCUUCUGUCUCUGUGCCAGGAUCCAAACUUGUUAAAUCCAAUUCAUGGGAUUGUUCAGAGCGUUGUCUACCAUGAAGAAUCCCCACCCCAGUACCAAACUUCUUAUCUACAAAGUUUUGGAUUUAAUGGGUUAUGGAGAUUUGCUGGCCCAUUUUCCAAGCAAACACAAAUCCCAGACUAUGCUGAGCUCAUAGUGAAGUUUUUGGAUGCCUUGAUUGACACGUAUCUGCCUGGGAUUGAUGAGGAGACCAGUGAAGAAUCGCUCCUGACGCCCACAUCUCCGUACCCUCCCGCCGUGCAGAGCCAGCUGAGCAUAACUGCUAACCUAAACCUCUCCAAUUCCAUGACCUCGCUCGCAACCUCCCAGCACUCCCCAGGCAUCGACAAGGAGAACGUGGAGCUCUCGCCCACUGCCGGACACGCCAACAGCGGCAGGAUGCGCCACGGCUCCGCCAGCCAGGUGCAGAAGCAGCGCAGCGCCGGCAGCUUCAAGCGCCACAGCAUUAAAAAGAUCGUGUGAGGCACCGCCUUGCCUUGCUUUCCUCCUUGUUUUUUCUGUUUGGAGACUGACUGACAAGCGGGCUUUUCCCAAGGGCCCUCUACCAGUUGUGAUGCUGCACUUAAUUUUUAACGUUCCCAUGCUGUCAGCCGUGUUGCCAGAUGACCAACUCUUGGAAGCGUUGCCUGAGUUUUGCUGCCACCUUCUCUCUUCCUCUCCCUGUGUUGGAUUCGAGCCGUGUUCCGGAGCCACCAAGCAGCGUCUGGGUGCUGACGGAGCCCGUGGCCAAGGGAGGCGGGUGCCGCAGUCCCGCAUCGCGUCCCACCCAGAGCCGUUGCUCAGUGCUCUGCCCUGCUUCUGUUAUGCCUUGUUUGCUUCUUCUGUAAAGGAAAGUGUUAAAACUUAGUCCCGUUUGCACACCCCUUGAGGUCGUGGCGGUAGGAGACUGGGGAAGUUGCUGUAAUCAUGCUUUUAAUUCAAACCUGUAAGAUUUUUAGCUGUGGACUUUUUUUUACCAUACUUAAAAGAAACUUAUGAUAGUUGCAGUACAAUGAGCUUAACCAGAAAUGGUUGAUUAGAUUAAAUUUCCAGUAAUUAGCAAUAAAUUUAAAAGGACAAGGAGGCCACAUGAGUCUCUUCAUUCCCCAGACCAUAGCACCACAUACUUGGACUGUAUAUGGACCAGACUGGACAAACUGGCUUUUUUCCAAAGCAAACUUUUUUUUGGGCUGUACUUUAACUGCACUAAAAAAGGUCAUAUAGUGGAAAGAAAUCAUCGAGAACUGACUAUGCUGUCAUUGUAGCAGUGUUGACAAAUUAUUGCUUCUUUCUUCAUUUAGCAUAUUCUUUAGUUUUACCCUUCCCAACAAUAUGCACCUUCAAGAAAUUCCUGGCAGAAUAACUAUUGGGGUAUGGAGGGGAAAAUUCUGUGGAGUGACCUCCAACUCUGGGAGAUUAUGUUUAGCAAAGCUGCUUCUGUACUGCCCAAGCAAUGAUAUAGAAACAGUAAUGUUUGCUUAAGGUACAUGAAUUUAAAGAUAACUGACACUUUUGUCAAAUCAAGGUUACGUUUGAAUGUUGCAGUGCAAUUUCUGGAAUCAGGAUAGACUUUUGCAGUCAAUCUGUCUUGCAGAGCUUUCGAGGGGGGUUAGUUUGCAAGGAUUCACAUUUGGGGGUUAUAAGAAACUGAAAUUGCUGUCACUGUGAAAGACUUGUCAACUCCAGUAGUAUAUUAACAAUGGAUGACUGUGAUAAUAUGCUGCUAUGUUGAAUGGUGUAUAAAGAGGUAGCACGCAGUGCUGCAGAUACUACCUUUAUGGACUGAAAUUGUGCAGAACGUUUGAUCUCAGAGGUAAAUAGAAAUUCUGACAAAGGGCCUGUCAUCUGGGUGCUCAUUUUAGGGCUAAGUGUAUCUACUGCUAAAGAACAGUUAAACUUCCUAGUUUCAGAUCCCUGUUGUAUGUUAGAAGUUAUCAAUUUAUAAGUGGCUUUAAAGAAAAAAGUAUAUCCACUAUAUUAAAAAAAAAUCCUAUAGUGCAAUUUUAUUAGUGGCUUUCAGUAAAUCAAACUCCACAGCUAAAUUAUUUAGAGAAUGGUACAAUUAAGUGUUCAGAUGUUAUUGAUAUAGCACAUAAUUCACAUUUAUCCACAGUAACAAUGUAACAUGUUUAUGUAAAUAAAUUGCCUUUAUUGUAUUGAUUCAUAAAAUAACAAUUUAAUUUUUUUAUUUGUUUACAGUCCUGGGAAAAACUAUGAACACAAACCUAAUAUGCAAAUAAUUUGCCAAAACACAAAGAAAAUUUACAAUUAAUAAUCUUGAAAUAGGUAUCAUGCAAAAUAUGAAGACUUGUGCAAUUAACCAAAUUAUUUUAUUAUUGAUUGUAUAGGAAGUGCAGUAGAAAUGCAGUUCCUUUAUUACUGAAUUACUGAGUUACUGAAUUGAUACUAUCUAUGAAAUGGAUUCUGAGGCUAGAACUGAAUUUAGGAAUAGAGCAGUGACUCGUGCCAUGUUCUUAGCUGCUAUGCAUUUAUAACCUGGAAGUCACUGCUGUGAAACCCUUUCUCAUCUCAUACAUCCACUGUGUAACAGCUAAUCUAAAAUCACUUUCAGUUUGCACUAGAUCGUACUGAAUCAAGCUAAUUCCAAUCCUUUCAGUUUUGCUGAAGACAAUGAAUUGUAGAAGUCUGAAAAAUUGUUCUUGCUCUAGAUAGGGAAAAAAAUCUCCCAUAAAGGUAAUUGGACAUGAGAAAAAAACUUAAAAGAUAGAUUUUAGUUGUUUUGUCUCUCUUAUGAGCAGUUUUCCUUAAAUAAAUCCAGACUAACUACCAAAUCAGUUUUGUCUGGACUGAGUUCCUCUCACUCUCUUUCAAUAUUUUGGGUUGCCUUUAUUAAAAAAAAAAAAAAAAAAAAAAAAGUCCCUAGAUUGGAAUUAAUGAAUUAUUUCCAGUGUGUAGUGUGAAACCAAAACAGUGAUUGACAUCCUUUCACUGCUGCAGGCUCAGUCCUAGUGACCAAAACUGAUGCCCUCGCUAAGCAAGUCAAGCAGUUUGCUCUGCUUCUUGAGGAGCAGCCUCAAGGGGUGACACUUGUCACUGCAUGGCACAGGGAGAGCACCUGACUUUUUAAAGCAGGGGUGUCAAACACGCUAGGAAAAGAGAGCCGAAUUUAGUGUAUGAUAAAGUCUGUGGCCAGGCUCUAUAGUGAGGACCAUCGAGGCCCAGGUACAGAGUGAAGUUCUCUCCAGUAUCCAUGGUCAGGAAGCUCGUUGCUUAGACAAAGGGUGACAACAUGGUGGUUUGUAAUAAUUAAACUUGUGUUAGUAAUUGGUGGUUCAGUGCCUUACUGUCACGCUGGUCACUCGGCCUGCUCCCUAGACUCCCUGAACAUUGCUACUACUUGGCCUUUUUCUUUCUCAGCGCGUCCCUUUGCUGUUGGGCCCCGGGCAGCCACUGACGGUGCUUGGGGGCGGGCGGCGGGCGCUGCCCUCGGGGGCUCCCAGGGCCCUCUGAAGACAUGCUCUAUCCGAGCUCUGUCCGUGCGUUCGGAAGCGAGGGCCUGAGGCAGAAAACCCGGGUUGGAACAAAUGGAACACAUAAAUACGUCGUGGGGACUGCGUGUUUGACACCCCUGUUUUAGAACCUGUCAUCCAUUACGCACUAACUACAGCUAAGUACUGUAAAGAUGAUUAACAUUUGUUUGUGUAUUUUCCCUGACUUAAAGAUAAUUCAGUAGUAUUUGAAUAGUGCAUAACCUACCUGUAAAUUAUGCCAAUAUUUCUGCUUUAAUGUGCAUGAGGUUUCCAAGAAGAGGAAACGUUUCUAAUAAGUAUUGUGGACUGAGCGUUUGGGAGCGUUCCAGUGCUCUAUUCCUAACUGGGUUGUAGGUCUUAGGGCUUUUUCUGUUUCAUUCUAAAGGGUUUUUGUUUGUUUUGGUUUUGUUCCUUUUUUUUCAAAUGUAACAAAGCAUGUCGUAUUGUUAUGCAACAAACUUACCACAACAAGUCACUUUUAGUGUUGGUCCCACCAUUUUUUUUAAUGCAGUAUAUUCACCUGUAAAUAGUUUUGUGUAAAAUUUGACAGAAAAGUAUAUUUACUACACUGUAAAUACAUGUGACUAUAUUGUAUUAUUUUGCUUUUUUGUAAAGCAGUUAGUUGCUGUAUAUGUAUAACAUACAAAUUUGAUUAUUCUAGUGUUAGUAACUGUUAACUACUACUUCUCCUUCCUGCUGUUGCA